GUACGACUCAGGACGGGACGGGUACAUUGACCUGAUGGAACUGAAACUGAUGAUGGAAAAGCUGGGAGCCCCGCAGACCCACCUGGGGCUGAAGAACAUGAUCAAGGAGGUGGAUGAAGACUUUGACGGGAAGCUUAGCUUCCGUGAGNNCCUGCUGAUUUUCCAUAAAGCUGCAGCUGGGGAGCUCGAGGAGGACAGUGGCCUGUUGACUCUGGCGAAGCUCUCGGAGAUUGAUGUCUCCAUUGAGGGAGUCAAAGGAGCCAGGAACUUCUUUGAAGCUAAGGUUCAAGCCCUCUCUUCAGCCAGUAAGUUUGAAGCAGAGAUAAAGGCUGAGCAGGAUGAGCGAAAGCGGGAAGAGGAGGAAAGGAAACACCGCCGAGCGGCUUUCAGGGAGUUAAAAUCUGCAUUUACCCAGUAA